AUGACUUCUAGAGUUGCAUUUGAUUUGUAUAGCAAACCAAAAGCCAAGACUCUUGUGAGCAGGAAAAAAGAAAGCAGGCAGCAUCCUGAGGAAAGUAGCAGCGACCCUUCCAAGAAAAAAGCUCCGACUGAGGACCCUCCUACACUUGUACCUUAUAAGGAAACUACUCCUCCUCCAGCACCCGUUGACCUGACUCCCCCAGCUCCUAUCGACCCGACUCCUCCAGCUCCUGUUAAUCCAACACCUCUUGAUCAGUCAGGAAAAACUCAAGCCGAGGCUGGAGUUUUGACCCUGAGUACCGGUUGGCAUCACUCAAAGGAGACGUCUGCCAAACAUGCUGAAGAGAUUAAGGCUAUCGAGGGAAGUCUCACCGAGCAGCUAAUGGCGGCCGAGGAUAGACACGCACAACUGGGCGAGGAACUAAGAGCGGCUGAGGAGAGAAAUGCCAAACUGGGCGAGGAGCUGAAGCAACAUAAGGAGGCCUUGGCCAAAGUUAUUGAGUUCAAAGAGAAGUACAAGGAUGCUUCAGUGAUUAAUUUCAAAGAGGCCUCCAAACUCCAAGACAAACUGGCUAUCAGCAGGAAAGAAAUUGCUGAACUGGAGGAGCGAGUCAAAUUGCUCUAA